AACAACGAGGGAAAGAAAGUUAGAGGUCUGAAGCAUGGCGGAACUUUCUCCCGACUUGCAACUUAUAGCGGAACGAGAACUUGGUGAAACACAACAGGUCAAGAAAGAGGCUGUUGCACGGCUGCGAACACUUCUUGCAGAGGAGCCGGACUUGAACUGCCAAACGGACGAAGAGUUUCUGGUAAAAUUUUUGAGGUCCCGCAAAUAUCGCGUGCAGGAUACAUUCAAGAUUAUUCGAAACUACUAUCAAGCCAGGACUGAGUACAAGGAAAUGUUUGAGGACCUUCUACCCUCUCGCAUCAAGUUCGAUGAAGUGCUUCGCAAAAACAAGCUUGUCACCAUUCUCAAAGAGUGCGACCCACAUGGAAGAAGGAUAAUCAUCUUUAAGUUCGGAGCUUGGAAUCCCAGCAUAUGCACUCUGGACGAGUUCUUCAGGGCAUCCAUCGUGACCGUCGAAUAUUUUCUGUUGGAAGAGAGAUUUCAAAUCGCCGGCGUGGUGGUUGUGGUAGACGAGGACGAAUUGUCGCUCGCUCACUUCCGUUCCUAUACGCCGUUUGUAAUCAGGAAGUUCAUCAAGCUCGUCCAGGACUGCUACCCGGUGCGGAUCCGGGGAAUCUACAUCAUCAAUCAUCCGCCCAUAUUUGAAGUUUUCUACAACAUUGCAAAAAUAUUCAUGAACAGAAAACUCGUGAAAAGGGUGCGCUUCAUCGGACGUCGGUACGAGGAGCUUCAUAAGCUCAUUCCUGCAAAACAGCUUCCUGAAAACUACGGGGGUUCGAUGAGCAGCUACGACUACGACGGGUUUGAAAAAGAACUUCAAAGCAAGCAGGAGUUUUUCACGCAGCUAAGUCAGUACGGCUACAAGAAAUGACCGAGUAAAGAAAACAACCCACUCGGGCAAUGUGAACUCGUGAGAAGGUACCAAAAACAGCCGAGAAACUAAGAUAUGAACUGGUACGACCACUAACUAUUCAUAUCGUAAAUUUGCUGUGGAAGUAAAAGAACACGCGUGUCGACUUAAAGUCGCACUUCAAAAUUUGA